UUGGCUUAGCAGGAAAUUUGAAAACGGUUGUUGUUGGCAAAAUGCAGUUAGCAAAGCGGCGCUAGUUAGCGGAGUUAUUAGUUUUAUAUCUUUAUUAAUAUGGUUUAAAUGAGUCUCGCUGAGCCGUAAACAACUUCAUUAGUACUUUUGGUGUUCAAUAAGAAGAAACGAUGGACAUUAAUUCUUAUUUUCAGGCCUUUGAGCUGAGCGUGCGCAGUUAUGCUGGCGAUGACCCGUUAGACCCCUGGGAUAAGUUCGUUCAGUUUCUGGAGAGCAAGCUGUCCCUGGAGGAGAGGAAGGGUUUGUCUGUGGUGUUGGAGCACAUCGUUCAGACCUUCCUUCAGGAUGAGCGAUACCACAACGACCCGCGAUACGUCUCGCACUGCGUCAGAAGUGCCAGCUUCUACAGCGACCCGACGGAGGUGUACAGUUAUCUUCACGGCCGCGGCGUGGGCACGCAGACGGCGGCGCUGUACCUGGACUGGGCGCAUCGCUUUGAGGAGAGAGGGCAGCUGUCCCAGGCUGAGCUGGUGUACCAGAGAGCGCUGGAGAACAGGGCUGAGCCGCAGGACAGUGUGUUACAGCAGUUCAGGCUCUUCCAGGGACGGGUGAACACUCACACUGCAGCAUCAGAUCACGUGCGGCAGCCGCUGCAGAACUCGCAGCUGGUCAAUCAAGCCCCCCGGCAGAGAGAUGUUCAGCCGCAGAGUAAGGAUCCAGAAGCCUCUCCUGCUACCCGAAUGGUGCGCAUAAUCUCGCGCUCGGAGAAUAAGCCGACCCGUCCGGCCGGCAGCAGUGGUGUGGAGUGUGUGUCCAUGUAUUGUGUGAAAGAGCUGCAGUGUGAGGGGUCCGAGCUGUCCUUCGAGGAGCUCCGAGCCAGACGCUACUUCACUAAACGCAGACAGCAGGACGAGCAGCGGCGACUGGCCGAGGAGCAGCGCAGGCUUUGGGAAGAGGAGGACGAGGUGAGGAAGAUGAAGCAGCUGUUGGAGGAUCUGGAGAAGAACGUGACGCUUACGGAGAGUCAGACCGCAGUGCAUCUCCCCGAGCCGGUGUCGUUCUCCAGACCUCACACUGGACUGCAGCUGCGCUCCGAGACCGCAGGGCAUGCUGGGACAGAGACCAGCCGUUCACUGACGGACCCGUUCCCCAGCGCAGAGAGUCUGAGGACACACACACACCAGCCGUCAUCCCUGAUCCAGAGCAGCUGCUGCACCCAACCCCAGAACACAGAUCUAGCGUGUGAUCAGGGGGAUGCGGAUGGAAAUGUUACAGACACAUCAUGUGGGGCGUUCAAUCACUCUCAUGUUACUCCGAACUCCUCUCUGGGUUUCGUUCAGGCCACACCGUCCCGUGUUCUCCCUUCUCCCACUGUCAACACACGUGAGGCUUUGGGUGUGAUCAUGGACAUGUUUCAGGCGCCCACCCUCCUCCAGGAGUCCAUGUUCAACAGCAUCAUUCAGCCGGAGGACAGUUUCGAGAAGAGCUGCAGAAUCACUAGCGCCCCCUCGUGUGUUACGGCAGCCGGCACGACCCCGUUCAUGAUCUACCGGGACCGAGAUGAGCAGGAGAGCGGAGGUUCUGAUCCGGCCCGAACCCAACCAGCCGUGACCCGAGCGCUGACGCAAAUACCCCCGUCCAAAGACAACGACGCUCCGGUCAGCACCGAGUCCAUGACGGAUGAGAGCGCCGUGUGGGGAGCGAGGAACGUCUCGGUCGGGCCGUGUCCCAAUCACACGCGUGACUUCUCCCUGUCCGCCCACCUGGUGUCCACCCCGCUGCACCCUCACGCGCCGCACGCCUGGGACCUGCAGCCGGGCCGAGAGGAAAGUGCGGCCGUCGGCGGGUCAGAGGAGAACCCUUACGUGCGGCCGCCCACUAAACUCAGCCCCAUCAUGGAGCAGAGUCCAGUAGAGGAGAAGCCAGUGGAGCUGGACAGCAGCAGGGCUCAGGGCACAAUCGUGGGUGAGGGUGUGUCAUUGGCUCAGACUCCAGGGCUCUCUAUGGCCCAGAGCAGCUGUAGCAGCAGACACCCGCUGGCCGCCCUGUCCUUCCCCGACCACUCAGCCAUGAGGAUGCAGGACGAGUCCAUGAGCAGAGCGAGCUGGAGCAUCUACCAGAGCCCGGAGAAGCAGCCCAUGCAUCCAGACCCAGUGGUCAGUGAUGUUCCCUGGCACGCACCACUGGAGGAGCAGGACGAGUCCAUGAGCAAAGCGAGCUGGAGCAUCUACCAGAGUCCGGAGAAGCAGUCCAAACGUCCAGACCCAAUGGUCAGUGAUGUUCCCAGGCGUGCACCGCAGGAUGAGUCCAUGAGCAGAGCGAGCUGGAGCAUCUACCAGAGCCCGGAGAAGCAGUCCAAACGUCCAGACCCAGUGGUCAGUGAUGUUCCCAGGCGUGCACCACAGGACGAGUCCAUGAGCCCGAAAGCUGCUGUGGGACUGAGCUGGUUUCAGGUGGAUGGUUCGACCAACACAGUAGAACCGGAUCUCGAUGUCAUGAUGAGUCCGGCUCCGGUGUCAGCUCGGCCUGCCUGGACCGUCUACCAGAGCCCGGAGAAAGCCCCCGAAACAGACCUCCUGUGGCCGACGAGCCCAGAGCCGCCGGCGGAGCGGGAUCUGGACAUGCUGGAGGAACGGGGAGUUCUGCUUCCCAAAAAAUCCUUCCAGCAGCGGAAAUCAGGAGUGAAAGCACUUCAGAUGUUGCAUGAAUCUCUAUUAAUGAGUCCAAAACAGUCCCCUGAGGAGGAGUCCAGGAGCCCAAACAGGUUCAGCGCUGACGGGCCUCAGCGGACCACAGAGCCCGAUCUGGAGCCCAUGACCAGCCCGUCGCAGAGUUGCAGGGAAACCAGUGCUCCCAUGAGCCCCAUGGACACAUCCAAACCAGGCUGUGUCCAUCUGGUGCGGGACCCCUGGGAUGAGGAGCUGAUCGUGUCUCUGCUGUCUAACCUGCAGCCGCCUCUAUCCUCACUCCCCGGCCUCACCGCCUGGAGCUGCCGGCUGCCCACCAUCACCCCCAAGAUGACCGUCCAGAUAGCUGGAGAGUCGCUGCGAGUGGACUUUGUUCUUGGACAGGGAGCGUUCGCCACAGUCUACCAGGCCACCAACCUCAUGACCUCACGCAAACUCUUCCUCAAGGUGCAGAAGCCAGCGAACCCGUGGGAGUUUUACAUGGACCGCCAGCUGAACGCCCGUCUGCAGCCCAGCGUACGCCACCUCUUCAACACCAUAUACUCGGCUCACCUCUUCAGCAACGGCAGCGUGCUGAUCGGAGAACUGCACAACUGCGGCACACUGCUGAGCGCGAUAAACCUGUACAAGAGUCGCAGUGAGAAGGUGCUGCCGCAGCCGCUGGUGCUCUACUUCACCGUCUGCAUCCUCCACAUGGUCCAGCAGCUGCACCAGGCCCACAUCAUACACGCCGACAUCAAGCCCGACAACUUCCUGCUGGGGGAGAGGUUCCUGGAGAACGACUGCUUCGAUCGGGAUAACCUCCAGCACGGACUGGCUCUCAUCGACCUGGGCCAGAGCAUCGACAUGACACUUUUCCCAGAAGACACUGCGUUCACAGCCAAGUGCAUGACCUCGGGAUUCCAGUGUGUGGAGAUGCUGAGCGGCCGACCCUGGAGCUACCAGACGGAUUACUUCGGCAUCGCCGGCACCGUCUACUGUAUGCUGUUCGGGACCUACAUGCAGGUGAAGGAGGACGGCGGCGUCUGGAGGACCAACGGCGUGUUCAAAAGGAUGGUUCACGCUGAGCUGUGGCAGGAGCUGUUCCAGACGCUGCUGAACGUGCAGGACUGCCGCUCUCCGCCGUGUCUCCAGAGCCUGCGUCUGCGUCUGGACGCCGUCCUGCAGGAGCACUACAGCCGCAAGCUGCGCUCGCUGAAGAACCGGCUGGUGGUGCAGAUCCUGGAGGCCCGCUCCGCGCGCAGGUGACGCCCUGCUGAGUGUGUGUGUGUGUGUGCUCACUGAUACUUCUUUUUACUGUCGCUAUUUGAAGUUGUGAAAAAAGUCAAUGAAGCCUUUUGUAGAUUUCAAUAAAUCUUGGUUUAAACCCA